AUGGUGAACUUAAAACCUUCAGGUUCCAGGCCUAGCAUUUUCCGCAGCAACUCCACUUACUUGGACUUGGAGAUUUCCCACUCACGUAUUGUCAACGUUGAUGAAAAGGGAAACAUUGUGUCAGAAAGCAACUCAUUGGAAUCAUUUGAUGAAGAUGACUUGCAAAAAGGCUUGAAAAAUAGACAUGUUCAAUUAAUCGCGUUGGGUGGUGCUAUCGGCACAGGUCUUUUCGUCGGUUCUGGUUUGGCCUUGUACCAAACUGGACCUGCUGCCCUUUUCUUGUCCUAUAUUAUCUUGUCUGGUGUUGUUUGGUUUGUGAUGAACAUGUUGGCUGAAAUGGCCGCUUUCCUUCCUGUUCCAGGUGCUGGAGCUCAACAGUUUGUCAAUGACUUUUUGAGUCCAUCGUUUGGGUUCGCUAUUGGUUACAACUACUGGUACGGGUUUGCUAUUCUUGUAGCCGCCGAGAUUGUGGCUGCUGCCAUUGUCAUCCAAUAUUGGACAGAAAAAGUGAAUAUUGCCGUUUGGAUCUCAAUUCUUUUAGCGCUUAUUCUCAUCUUGAAUUUAUGUCCCGUCAAGUUUUAUGGAGAAGCAGAAUUUUACUUCGCCAGUAUCAAAUUGCUUGCCAUGACUGGUUUGAUCAUUUUAGGUGUUGUUCUUUUCUUUGGUGGUGGACCAAAUCACGACAGAUUGGGUUUCAGAUAUUGGAAGAACGGCAAUGCUUUCAAGGAGCAUUUGACUGGAGGAUCUACAGGUAGAUUCCUCUCUGUUUGGACAGCCAUCAUUAAGGCAGGUUAUUCUUUUAUUAUGAGUCCCGAAUUGAUUGUUGCAUGUUCUGGUGAAGUUCGUGAUGCACGCAGGGUCUUACCUAAAUGUGCUAAUCAAUUUAUCUACCGUUUGGCCUUCUUUUACAUUUUAGGUUCGUUGGUGAUUGGUGUCAUUGCUGAUUCGAACAGCAAAAGAUUAACCAGUUCUGCUGGAAAUGCUAAUGCUUCUCCAUUCGUGCUUGGAAUCCAAAACGCAGGGAUCCACGUAUUGAACCAUAUUGUCAAUGCUGUUAUCUUGACCUCUGCCGCCUCGGCAGGUAAUUCCUUCUUUUACGCUGGCUCUAGAACGUUGUAUUCUCUUUCCAAGAAAGGAUUAGCUCCUAAGUGUUUGAGAACAGUCAACAGAUUCGGCAUUCCAUACUACUCGGUUGGCAUUACUUUUGCAAUUGCAUGCUUAUCGUACUUGAACGUGUCUAGUUCCUCCACUCAAGUGUUCACUUGGUUCUCUAACAUUACUACCAUUUCUGGUUUCAUCAACUGGAUUUUUGUCUCCAUGGCAUAUCUUAGAUGGAAGAAAGCUAUCGUCAUCCACAAUCUUGAAGAUAGAGUUCCCUACAAGACUGGUCUUCAACCUUUUGGUGCAUACUUUGUAAUCAUUUUCAUUUCGAUUGUUUGCAUCACCAAUGGUUAUGCUGUCUUUUUUGAUUUCAAUGGAAGUGAUUUUGUUGCCGCUUACAUCACCUUGCCCAUCGUCUUUUUCCUUUAUGUUGCUCACAGAAUUUAUUCAUACUUUUACUUGGGUGAUAAGGAGUGGUUCACUGCAUACGAAAACUUCGAUUUCAGCAAGCUUGAAUUGGUUGAGGAAGAGGCAAGAUCCAUUCCCCCCAGAAUUCCUAAGAACAUUUGGGAAAAAAUUUACUAUGCGAUUCUUUAG